AUGGUCGGCGUCGCCAUCUACCCCAUCUCGGGUACGGCCGAUCUGUCGAGGAUCGAGGCCCCUGUCACCUUCAAGGCCUACCUGCUCUGCGGCUUUGCGGCCUUUGGUGGAAUAUUCUUUGGUUACGACACGGGCUGGAUGUCUGGCACGUUGGGCAUGCCCUACUUCAUCAGCCUCUACACCGGCCUGCAGUAUGACUACGACACGGGUACGCCAAUCGGGGUUUCGGCGGCGGCCUUUGCCCUGCCCUCGGCGACCAAGUCGCUCAUGACAUCUAUUCUCUCUUGCGGUACCUUCUUUGGCGCUCUCAUUGCCGGUGACAUUGCCGACUUCUAUGGUCGGCGGCCCACCAUUAUCACGGGAUGCGUCAUAUUCUGCUUGGGGUGCAUCCUCGAGAUCGCGUCCACCAACCAGGAGGUCCUCUUUGUCAUCGGCCGACUCGUAGCCGGCGGUGGUGUGGGCUUCAUCUCGGCCAUCAUCAUCCUGUACAUGUCCGAGGUGGCGCCCAGGAGGUUUCGUGGUGCUUUGGUGUCGGGCUACCAGUUCUGCAUCACACUCGGCAUCCUGUUUGCCAACUGCGUCGUCUACGCCACCGCGAACCGCAACGACACGGGCUCUUACCGCAUUCCCAUCGGCGUGCAGUUUCUGUGGGCCGUCAUCUUGGGCAUUGGCCUGUAUCUGCUGCCCGAAUCUCCUCGUUACCACGUCCAGAAGGGCAUGCUCGAGUGUGCCGCCGAAGACCUCGCGCGGGUGCGCGGGCAGCCCGUCGAGUCCGAGUUCAUCAAGGACGAACUUGCCGAGAUUGUUGCCAACCACGAGUACGAGAUGCAAGUGAUUCCGCAGACGAGCUACAUCGGGUCGUGGAUGGCCUGCUUCCAGGGCGGCCUGUCCAAGGGCAACGGCAACCUCCGGCGCACCAUUCUCGGGACGGGCCUGCAGAUGAUGCAGCAGUUUACAGGUAUCAACUUCAUCUUCUACUUCGGGACAACCUUCUUCCAGCAGCUGGGCACCAUCUCGAACCCCUUCUUCAUCUCGCUGGUGACGACGCUCGUCAACGUGGUGUCGACGCCGCUGUCGUUCUGGACGAUUGAGAAAUUUGGGCGGCGGCUGCUGCUGAUCGGAGGCGCAAUUGGUAUGAUAGGCGCCCAGUUUAUUGUGGCGAUUGUGGGGGUGACGGCGGGGCGGGUCGAGGCGAACAACGCGGGCGCGGUCAAGUCCAUGAUUGCCUUCAUCUGCAUCAACAUCUUCUUCUUCGCGACCACGUGGGGCCCGGUGGCGUGGGUCAUUGUGGGUGAGGCGUUCCCGCUGCCGAUCCGGUCGCGCGGGGUGGGUCUCUCGACGGCGUCUAACUGGUUCUGGAACUGCAUCAUCGCCGUCAUCACGCCGUACAUGGUGGGCAACUCGCCGGGGUCGGCGGACCUGGGCCCGCGCGUCUUCUUCAUCUGGGGCUCGCUGUGCAUGCUGUCGCUGGCGUUUGCCUACUUUUUGGUGCCCGAGAUGAAGGGUCUCACACUGGAGCAGAUCGACAAGAUGAUGGAGCAGACGAGCCCGCGCACGUCGGCCGCCACAAUGACGUCCAUGUCGGCCGAGUCGGUGUCGACCAUCCUCGUGUCGUGCAAGCAGACGCGCUUCCACAUUGAGUCGCCCAACUAUCGCGAGCUCGACAUUGAGGGCCUCAACAUCACCGUGACGUCGGCGGCACCAGCCCCGCCGAGCGAGGGCGCCAGCACCAGCACAACCACAAGCACAAAGUCAGCCAAGGCCAAAGCCAAGGCCAGCAAAGGCGCCGAGGGCACCGAGAUCCUCAGCAACGCCAAGCUGCGCCUCAGGCCCGGCAGCCGUUACGCCCUCGUCGGCCGCAACGGCUCAGGCAAGUCGACCCUUCUAAGAGCCAUCGCAGAGAAGCUCAUCCCGGGCAUCCACGAGAAGACGCGCGUCACCAUCCUGCAGCAGACCAACGCCGAUGACGCCGCCAACUCGGACGACGACGCCGGAACCGAAACAGCCGCUGCUGCUGUGGCCGCGCCCUCGGUGCUCGAGAGCGUCAUCGACAAGGCCACGGCCAAGAGCGAGCUCGAGCAGGAGAUUGCUAUCUUGUUCGUCGGCAUCGACAGCGACGAGCCGUACGGCGCCCUGCGCGCCCUGCGCCAGCUCCGCCACACCCGCAUGCUGAAACACCUGUUUGUUCUCGACAAGGACGCCCGUCUGAGGAGCGGCGCACGCGGCUUGCAGGCGCGCAAGGCCCUCGUCGAGCAUGAAAAGGCUGUUGCUCAGUCGGCUGCUCUAAACGAGCAGGCCGAUGCAGACAUCUCGGCAGACACGCUGCAGACCGAGACGCAAGAGGCGGCCGACGAGCUCGCCGACUUGCAGCUGCAGGUUGAGCCGGCGCGCAUGUCGGACCUCGAGGCGCGGGCCAAGAAGAUGCUGGCCGGCCUCGGCUUCAGCGACGCCUACAUGGCGCGGCCCGCGGCGAGCCUGUCGGGCGGUUGGGCCAUGCGAAGCGCGCUGGCCGCCGCCCUGCUGCAGGGCACGGACAUCCUCAUCCUCGACGAGCCCACCAACUUCCUCGACCUGCUGGGCAUCCUGUGGCUGCAGCGCCACCUAACCUCGCUGUCAAGCGACGGCGACGACCACGACCCCGACGGCGGCACCGCACCCACGCUGAUCCUCGUGUCGCACGACCGCGACUUCAUCUCGCUGUGCACCGACCUGCUCAUCCUCAAAGACAAGGCCCUCAGCUACUUCCACGGCGACCUGGCGCUGUACGAGGCGACGCAGGCCGAGCGGCGCACGCACCUGGCCAAGGUAUCCGCCGCGCAGGACAAGCAGAAGGCGCACAUGCAGGAGACCAUCCGGCAGAACAUGGCCGCCGGCCGCCGCGCCGACGAUACGGCGAAAGUGCGUCAGGCCAAGUCGCGCCAGAAGAAGCUCGACGAGCGCUGGGGCGUGCAGACUUCGGCGAAAGGCACCCGCUUCAAGCUCAACCGCGACUUGGCCGGCUUCCACCUCAGCAAGCGUGACGCCCUCGACGUGCCGGCCGACGACUCCCGCCGCGCCACCGCCGUCGCCCUGCCGCCGCCGACCGAGCUGCGCUUCCCCGGGCCUCUGCUCAGCCUGGAGGGCGUCAGCUUCCGCUACCCUGGGCAAAAGGCCGACGCGCUGCACGCCGUCACGCUGUCGGCCGCGCUCGGCGACCGCAUCGCCAUCCUCGGCCUCAACGGCGCCGGCAAGUCGACGCUUGUGCGCCUGCUGGUUGGCGAUUCAGGCAGUACCAGCACGCGCCAGGGCCUGACGCGCCACCCGCGCCUGCGCCUCGGCUACUACUCGCAGCACGCCGUGUCGCUUCUCCAAAACCUCGGCCGCGCCGAGCCGUCGCUCACGGCCCUGUCGCUGCUCCUCCGCGAGACCUCGUCGUCAUCGUCUGGGGAUGAAGCAGCAGCGCUCGACGAGGGCGACGUGCGCGGGCUGCUGGCGUCGCUGGGGCUCGCCGGCCGCGUGGCGUCCGACGUGCCGCUGCGCAAGCUGUCGGGCGGCCAGCUAGUGCGCUGCGAGCUAGCCCGCCUGCUGUGGCGCCGCCCGCACCUGCUCGUCCUCGACGAGGUCACUACCCACCUCGACUACGAGACCGUCGCGGCCCUGCGCGGUGCGCUGAGAGCUUGGCCUGGUGCCGUCGUGCUCGUGUCCCAUGACAGGUGGUUUGUCCGGGGGGUCGUCGAGGGGGACAGUGAUGGGAGUGAUGAUGGUGAAGGCGCAGGAGCAGAUGCUGCGCGCCGUAGGCUCGUGUAUAAAAUCCAUGCGGGUAAGCUGGUGCUGCUGCCGGGCGGCGUGCAGGAGUUUGAGGCGAGCAUAGAGAAGCGAGUGCGGAAGCUGAUGGGUUGA